AUAAUUAUUAAAUAACAAUAUUGAAUGCAUACUGCAUUUUUUGUCCAAUUAUACAAGCAUGAGCAGAUUCGAUUAAAUCCUCUAUAUAAUCAAUCCUUUCUCUAUUGUUCAUUGCCCAUACUCCAGUAGUCCAGUUUACCAAACGCCCUAAAAGAGAAGGGGACAAAAACAUAGAGCGAAAAGCAAGUACUGUGUGCACUGUCUUCUUCCUCUCCAUUUCCCAUUCAGCUCACUUUCUGUACCUUACCUCUACCCUUUCAUCUUCCCAAUAAUUUAUAUCCCAACAGCUAAAAAAACUCAGAAAAACCCAAAAAAUGCGUCUCCCAUGGCUCCUCCUCUUUGUCCUGUUCCUCUACCUCAGCCGCUCCUCCACCGCAGCGCCGCCGCGGAUGACGGAACACCGCGCCUUGGUGUCUGUCAAAGCCGCCAUAGCCGAGGACCCGCAGUCGGGCCUGGCGUCGUGGAAGGACUCCACGGAGCACUGCACGUGGAGGGGAGUCACGUGCGAUUCCUCGCGCAGGCACGUGACUGCGCUGGACAUCUCCGGCCUCGGCCUCGUCGGAACCCUUUCCCCGGACAUCGGCCAGCUCCGGUUCCUAGUCAAUCUCUCCGCCGCCUCAAACGCCAUCUCCGGCCCCAUUCCUCCCCAGAUCUCUGACAUCCCCGGCCUUCGAUACCUCAAUCUCUCCAACAAUGUCUUCAACCUCAGCUUCCCGCCACAGCUUUACCGCCUUGGGAACCUCCAGGUCCUCGAUCUGUACAACAACAACUUGACCGGCGAUUUCCCUUCCCAGGCGCAUUUACUCACUAACCUCCGCCAUCUGCAUCUCGGCGGGAACUUCUUCACCGGUCGAUUCCCGCCGGAGUUCGGCUCUUUUCCUUACCUAGAGUACUUAGCUGUUUCCGGUAAUGAGCUCACCGGAGAAAUACCGCCGGAAAUCGGGAACUUGACUCAGCUCAAGGAGCUUUACAUUGGGUAUUAUAACGCUUUCACAGGUGGAAUCCCUAAGGAGAUGGGAAAGUUGUCGCAGUUGGUGAAAUUCGACGCCGCCAACUGCGGGCUUACCGGUGAGAUCCCGCCGGAGAUAGGGAAUCUGCAGAACCUCAACACUCUUUUUCUGCAGGUAAAUGGACUUUCCGGCGGCCUCACGUCCGAGAUUGGCAACCUGAAGAGCUUGAUAUCAUUGGAUCUGUCAAACAACAUGUUUUCCGGUGAAAUACCGCCCUCGUUUGCCGAGCUCAGAAACUUAUCCCUCUUAAACCUUUUCAGGAACAAGCUCACCGGCUCUAUUCCUGAUUUUAUCGGCGAGCUGCCGGAGCUACAAGUUUUGCAGUUGUGGGAAAAUAAUUUCACCGGGAUUAUUCCUCCAAACUUGGGAACUAAUGGUAAUCUUCAGGAAGUCGAUGUUAGUUCAAACAAACUGACUGGAAACUUGCCCCAAACUAUCUGUAAGGGCAAUCAGCUUCGCACAUUAAUCACUCUCGGAAAUUUUCUCAUCGGCCCUAUUCCUGACUCGCUGGGUCAAUGCGAGUCACUGAGUCGAAUUCGAAUGAGUUAUAACUUUCUUAAUGGGUCCAUUCCACAAGGGCUAUUGAGUUUGCCUAAACUCACUCAAGUUGAGCUUCAAGAUAAUCUUCUUUCUGGUGCUUUCCCUGAAACCGACGGCCAAUCCACGAGUCUUGGGCAGAUAACUCUCUCGAACAAUCACCUCACGGGGCCUUUGCCAUCAAGCAUUGGCAAUUUCGUGGCCGUUCAGAAGCUCUUGCUCGAUGGGAACAAAUUUUCAGGCCCAAUCCCUGCUGAAAUCGGGAAAUUACAGCAGCUCUCUAAGAUGGAUUUGAGCCACAACGAAUUCUCGGGCCACAUUGCACCCGAGAUCAGCAAAUGCAAGCUGCUGACGUUUGUCGACCUCAGCCGUAAUCAUCUCUCUGGCGAUAUCCCUUCAGAGAUCACUGGUAUGAGAAUCUUGAACUACUUGAAUCUGUCUAGAAAUCAUUUAGUGGGUGGCAUCCCUUCAUCCAUAGCUAGCAUGCAGAGUUUAACCUGCGUCGAUUUUUCUUACAACAAUCUCUCCGGUUUAGUUCCUGAGACUGGCCAGUUUAGUUAUUUCAAUUACACCUCAUUUCUGGGCAAUGCUGAUCUCUGUGGCCCAUAUCUCGGGCCCUGCAAGCCCGGUAUUGCCGGUGGGCCCACGAGGCUACACGAAAAGCCGACUUUCUCCCCUUCCAUGAAACUUAUCCUCGUGAUUGGACUUCUUGUUUGCUCGAUCGUGUUUGCUGUGGCGGCCAUAAUCAAGGCCAGGUCACUGAAGAAAGCAAACGGGGCCCGUUCUUGGAAGCUCACGGCCUUUCAACGUCUAGAUUUCACUUGCGAUGAUAUUUUGGACAGUCUCAAAGCGGACAACAUUAUCGGGAAAGGUGGGGCCGGAAUUGUUUACAAAGGUGUGAUGCCAAACGGGGAAUUAGUGGCCGUCAAGCGGCUGGCGGCAAUGAGCCGCGGUUCAUCUCACCAUGACCAUGGAUUUAAUGCCGAGAUUCAGACUCUAGGGAGGAUAAGGCACAGGCACAUUGUUCGUUUACUUGGAUUCUGUUCGAAUCACGAGAUGAAUUUGCUGGUUUACGAGUACAUGCCAAAUGGGAGCUUGGGUGAGAUGCUUCACAGUAAAAAAGGAGGCCAUUUGCAUUGGGACACACGAUAUAAGAUAGCUGUAGAGGCUGCAAAGGGCCUCUGCUAUUUGCAUCACGACUGCUCGCCUUUGAUUGUCCACCGUGAUGUAAAAUCGAAUAAUAUACUUUUGGAUUCGGGCUUUGAGGCCCAUGUUGCCGAUUUCGGGCUGGCUAAGUUCUUGCAGGAUUCUGGGACAUCCGAGUGCAUGUCCGCCAUUGCCGGUUCGUAUGGCUACAUUGCUCCCGAAUACGCGUACACACUGAGAGUGGACGAGAAGAGUGACGUGUACAGCUUCGGGGUUGUUCUCUUGGAACUUGUCGCGGGCCGAAAGCCCGUUGGCGAGUUUGGUGACGGUGUUGACAUAGUGCAGUGGGUUCGGAAAAUGACAGGUGGCGCAACUGAAGGCGUGCUCAAGAUCCUCGAUCAAAGGCUCUCGACUGUCCCACUCCAUGAAGUGAUGCACGUCUUUUAUGUGGCGAUGCUCUGUGUGGAGGAUCGAGCAGUCGAGCGCCCUACCAUGCGGGAAGUUGUGCAGAUGCUGACCGAGCUGCCCGAUGAAAAAGUAGGAGACUCGAAGGAUGCUGAUGUGGCGAAACCGAAAUCGGAUUUGGAUUCUUCUGAACCACCUGUUCAGGAUCUCCUUAGCAUUUGAAUAUUAGGGGGUAGUUUAGUCUACUCUGGGAGCUUGAGAGUGUUCUUUUUAGUUCAUUUGAAUGUUUGGGAUCAGCUAGUAUUGGUGCCUUUGUGGUUGUUUUGAUGUUGAACUACUUCUUCUUCUUCUUCUUCUUUUUUUUUUUUCUUUUCUUU